GUGAGGGACGUCCUCCGUUUUCGCCCUAAAAUUCAUUAAAAAAAAUUGUAAAAAUUGAAAUAGCGUCCCACUGCAUACACUCUAUAAGUUAAUUAAUGUUUAUGCUCCUUGCUGCCGCUGCGCCUUCCAGCAACAAGCCGGAAUACAAAGCCCCCAGCUAUACUACCCCAAGCUACCCUGCACCAAAGUACCCUACCCCUGGCUACCCUGCACCAGCUUACCCUACUCCCAGCUACAACAAGGAUAACAAAUACGCUGAUAUCACCAUCACCAGCCAAUCUGACGAACGCAACCUCGAUGGCAGCAGCCAAUGGAGCUAUGCCCAGUCUGACUACACUACCCGUGAAGAGUCUCAAGUUCAGAAGAAAAUGCAAGGAGUCACCUACGACUCUUACGGCAAAGAAUCGUACGGUGAAGUCCUAGGCAACACCAACAAGGGAUCCUCUUACUGGGUUGUCCCUGAAGGCCAGAAAUUCACUUUGACCUGGGCCGCUGAUGAAGCUGGAUUCCAGCCCAAAGGUGAUCACCUGCCCGUCGCACCCGUCCACAAAUACGAACUUCCAGUUGCCCCUGCUCUCCCUUAUACGCGCACUGGACUCGGUUAUUAAAACAUAAGCAUUUCGUAAGUGAUACCUGAUUGAUGCGAACUGUGCAGUCCUAACUUAUUGAUUUUCAAAUAAACGGAAUGGAAACUGAA